AUGUUAAGAGCUCAGUCGAGAAACAUAUGCCAAACAGCUGUGAGAAAUGCUGGUGUGGCCGGGAAAGCAAAAUCUCAAGGAUUCUCAAAGGCUGCAUCAACUAGCAAAAGACCAGCACCAAAGAGAAUAACACCUACGACGUUAUACAAAAAUUGGAUAAACACUGUUCAUAGUUCCAAACUGAAUGCUAAUGCAACACAGGUUUCAGGGAUACCAACGUUUAGCCCGGUCAAUAUGGACCCUUGCAUGGGUAACGUUGCACACUUUAGUGAUAAGCAAACAAAAGCAUUACGUUACUUGGGUUCUUUUAAGAAAGGUCAAUUUAAUGAAUUGUUUACAAAACCAAUAUCAUUAGUAAGAAAAGACUCAACUGAACAGUUAUGGAAAAAACUUUCAACUACUGAUUCUCAAAGGGUCAUUAUAACCGGCGAAUCUGGUAUCGGUAAGACUUCUUUAUUGGCUCAAAUGCACUCAUAUGCUGUGGAAUUUGACUUUGUGGUGGUGAAUAUAUCCUUCCCUGAACUCUUUCUAAAUGGUAGAAACGAUUUUUUCUUUGACAAAAAUUUGAAAUCAUAUGUGCAACCAAUGUAUUUGAAGACUUUGAUACGAAAGAUCAUGAAGGCUAACGACCAAAAUCUAUUAAAUUCUAUUAAAUUGUCUAAGGAUUAUACUUUUGUUAAGACUACUCUUAAGGGAACAGUUAAUAUUAACCUUGUCAAGGGUAAAAAUUCAUUAUUUGAUUUAAUGAAUAUAUCUAUUAAUACAAAUCUUCGCGGUGAGCAAUUUGAAGGUAUAAUAAGUGAACUAUUCUCCCAAAGCAAGGUUCCAAUUUGUUUUACUGUAGAUAAUUUUUCAAAAAUGCUAACAGGAGCAUUUUCUGAUUAUAAAGAUGUUAAUAAUAAAAAUAUUCAUCUAUUAGAAUUACAGGUGGGAAAGACUAUAAUGGAUAUUGUUUCCAACAACCAAAAAUUAAAUAAUAAAAAAAGCUGUGUUAUUCUAGCAACAUCUGGUGUCGAUAAAACAAAUAGAACAUUACCAGUAGCAUUGGGUAAGAUUCCUGCCGACCCAUAUAUGAAGAGGAAUUUAUACGAACCAAAAUUUGUGGAAAUUUUACAAAAUGGAAAGGUUGAGGAAUUCGAAGUUCCAAAACUUUCAAGAGAAGAAGCAAAGAAGUUAAUCCAGUACUACAUAGAUGCCAAGGUCGUACUAAACAGAGAUGUUGAAUCUAAGACCUUGGAUCAGUUGACGGACGAGAAAUACUUCAUGAGUGGAAGUGGUAAUCCUCGAGAGCUUUUAAAGAGUAUUGUACUUACUCAUAAAUGA